GGGGCAAGGCGUGGGCGUGCGUGCGUGUGCGUGUGCGUGUGGCGGCGUGGGCAGCGGUGUGUGUGUGUGUAUGUGUGUGCGUGCCGCCGGUGUGUGCGUCGUGCCGAGGGUGUGUGAGGGCGAGGCGUUGAGGCAGCAGCGGACAGCCCUGGAGACACUUGCAUGUAAGUCCCUGUGGAGGUGAAGGCGGUGGUCACCCUCCGCCGCCCCUGGCCGCCCCGUCACGUCCUGCCCGCCGUGCCUUGAAGACUCAGGAUGAAGGAUGACCAGAAGCAGCAAGAUAUGGUAAUGACCCGAGGCCGUGGCAGAGGCAUGCGAGGAGGCAUGAUGCGCCCCAUGGGGCCAGGCGGCCCCCACUUCGGUCCUAAGAUGAAGCAGUUUGUGCCCCGCCUUCCCUUCGACAUGGUGCUGUGUGAGUCUGCCUUCCCCAGAGUCAAGGCGGCGCCCGAUGAGUCAGCCUUCACACAGGCCCUGCUCAAGAGAAAUGCAGACCUGUCCCCAACCUCAGCGGAGCAAGCGGCCGUUCUCAACCUCGUCACAAAGAUCCAGACCGUGAUGGACAACCUCAUUGUCGACCCGGGGAACUUCGAUGCCUGUCAAAUCGAGGAGGUACGUCAGGUGGGCUCGUACAAGAAGGGCACCAUGAUGACGGGGCACAACGUAGCGGACAUCGUGGUCAUCCUCAAGACGCUACCUACCAAGGAGGCCGUCGAGGCGCUGGGCAAGAAAGUGUGUGAUGACCUGCGCACAUUGGAGCCUCAGGAAGUUUUGGUGCUGACGAUGCUGCCCAACGACAGAGGGUUCGAGAUCAGCAACAGUGAGGCGACAGUCCGUGUCCUGGUCACCACCAUCCACCAGAACCUCCGCAAGCUGGACCCGGAACUCCACCUGGACCAGAAGAUCCUCCAGUCACACCUGGCGGCCAUCAGACACAGUCGGUGGUUUGAGGAGAACGCACAUCACUCCACCAUCAAGGUUCUCAUACGGCUGCUGAGGGACCUCCGUGGACGAUUUGAGGGCUUUGAACCACUCUCCCCCUGGAUGCUGGACCUCUUGGCCCACUAUGCCAUCCUGAACAACCCCAGCAGACAAGCACUACCCAUCAACUCAGCAUUCCGCCGCUGCCUCCAGCUUCUUGCGGCAGGACUCUUCCUUCCAGGCUCAGCAGGCAUUCUGUCGGCAGGGAUCAGCGACCCGUGUGAGGGAGGUAACAUCCGUGUGCACACCGCCAUGACCCUGGAGCAGCAGGACCUGGUCUGCCUCACCGCCCAGACCCUCCUGCGGGUGCUCUCCCACGGGGGUUACAAGCAGAUCCUUGGCCUGGAGGGCAAUUCCAGUAUAGCCAGCGAAAUGUCUGUCUGGGAUGGCGUGGUGGUGUCUGCACUGGAAAAAGCUUACGAGAAGCCCCCUGAGCGGCCGCCACAGGAUGACGACACAGACAACAUGGACGCUGAUGACGACCCGAUGGAGACGACCGAUAACUGAGCAGGACAAUGCCAGCAAGGUGGUAAAACUGCUCUCCCUCCCUCCCAUGCUAAUCCUGCAUCAGGCUUGGAGGUCAGCAAGUAGUGCCACAAAGUGCUUCUUGCUACUCUCAGAAUGUCAUGUAUAGUCUUAACACCUGGUAUUAGAUAUUCAUUGUUUAAAGUAAAUACCUUGAGCACAUAUGGCUCUCAUGGCCACUUUGCAAGUUCUGGUAGUCAGGACCAAUAAUUAAGAUAUCAAAUAAUGACCUCAUGUGAUCUGACCUCGUGUUAGUGCUUAUGUUCUGAGCUGAGUUUGUGGUGCUGGUGACUGCCCAGGACAACAGCUGCUACACAAGCCAGUGACUGGGGGAACAGUUUGUGACCCCCUAAGGCAGGAUGCUGAGAGAAACUUGACCUCAUUUUAUUUUAUGAAAUAGGUAAUUUGUCUUUCAAAAGGGCAAUUUUUUUAAUGACAAUUAGAUGAAAAUGACUUAUUGACAAAUUAUUAUUGCUAUAAAAUUUAAUAUUAAAUUAAGAAAACUUUUUCCAAAACUUGUUACUGCAUAUUUAAUGAAUCCAACAGUCCACGGUGUCAGUACAAAGCUUUGCUGCGGCGGUGCUUUCUCAAGAUGUAACUAGUGUUUAUCGACAUUUUUUUACUCACGACAGCUUACUCAAAGACCGUUUCAGAAUCUGUUGUAGACAAGGACACAAGCAUUGGUUUGCUUCUUAGCAGUCAUGUAAAGUCUUGGUGUAUUAAUAAUUCUGUCAUGUAUUUAUUUAUGUAAGUCUUGUACCAUCAUAGAGACGUUCUUAUUACUGAAGUAUUUGUGAAUAUAUAAAAAAGUCUUAUUA